GCCGAUGCCGCCCCGCGGAGCCGCCUGAGGGAUGGCGCAGGGCGGGCGGGCGGGCGCUCCCCCCGUGCGCCUCUGGGUGCGCCGCGUGGGGGUUUACUGCGAUGAGCACCGCAAAACCUGGCUCGUGGCUGCGGAAGAGGAGGAAGGUAUGCUGAGGGCUCGGAUCCAAAGAGUUCAGGUUCCCCUGGGUGAGGCGCUGCGACCCAGCCAGCUCCCCCCAUCCCGGCUGCCUCACAUGUGGCAGCUGUCCCAGGGUGAGCAGUACAGGGAUAGUAACUCUCGCGUUUGGGAGAUAGAGCACCAUCUCAUGCUUGAUGGUGUUGAAGAACUGCUGCUUAAACUCGUGCCUGGGGAUUAAUCUGGAGCAGUGGCUCUAGGAAGAUGCCAUUGUCUGUUUUGUACAAUAAAAGGUUCUCUCUCCACUGAAAUGCAGCCACCUUUGAGGUGGAAGCAGUUAAGCAACACACAGCAGCAUCACACAAGAGUUUAGGACAGGCAGUGAAGAGGAGUAUUGUGACCAAGUGAAACAUCAGGGGGAGUUCUAGCUCCUGAACAUGUCCCGGAAGGAUCCCUGCCAGAAACAAGCCUGUGAAAUACAGAAAUGCUUGCAAGCAAACAACUACGUGGAGUCCAAGUGUGAAGCUGCGCUGCAGGAGAUGCGGAAAUGCUGCGCUCGCUACCCCAAGGGCAGGUCCAUCUGCUGCUCAGGGUUUGAGAGAGAAGAAAGGGAGAGAGAAAAGGCCAAGGUGACUUCAGAAGGAAUUUCCCCACCACCUCAGUAACACAAUGCAGCUCCAGCAGGCGCUGGAGCAUGGACUCACUUGAAGAGCUCGUGUGUGUUUUUUCAAGCCUUCUUUAGACUUUGAGAAAAGCCAGAUUGCUCCUGGAACACACCGUUCAGCACACCAAAAAGCAUUACACAGUACCAACAUAUGGCCUGGUCAACAGACUUUAUUUUCUGUACGAAAACAUAAUCUAUGUUGCCUCUGCAUCACACCUGUGAAAUGUCAACUUGAUGUUUUUAGGAUGCUUACCUUACUCUAAUCCAUCCUUGCUCUAAAAAUGGAGAAUUGGAACCGAGUUAUUCUGGCUUCUGGAGUGAGAGGUACAGGAAAUGAGCUCAGAAGAGUGAGUUUAAACGUGAAACAAACCCAUCUUGAUACAACAAAGGUAUUGAUUGCUGCCACCAUGCAGUAGUUCCAGACAUUUGCCUGUCCAGUGGUUCAAGCUCAAGAAUGGGCAUCAGGUCUGAUGAUUGUUCCUAAGUCUUGUAUAGAUCAUGAGUGACUACAAGUCACUUUGCCUAAGUGCCUCACUUUUCCACUGGACAGAGUUGUUUAUUUUAUAUUUGAAUUGCCUACACGCUGCUAUUUGCAUGAUAAAGAUGUUACAGGAAUAUAAUUUCAGGGAUUGCUACAGGGAUAGGAUAUUUUUUUAAAAAAGCAAUAUUCAUUUGAAAGAUUUGACUGUUGAUACAAAAUUUAUAAAUUUAUGUCUAAUUGAACACCUUUAAGCAAUAUGCUUUGAAUCCAAGUCUAGUUAAAACUGCUGAUACCCAAAGGCCUGUCACAGAGCCCUGGGCUAGAUCCAAGAACUGACUUAGGUGCUGCUUACUGAACAAGCAGUUGCAGGCAGUUAUUUUCCACACAACAUUCCAGACUCACUCCCAAGCCGGCUGUGUCUGGACCCCAGGAGAGAUGGCUUUCCAGAAGCUCUUGGCCACGCAGCAGAAUUUCCUGUGACCUGUAGGAAGAGCUCAUAGACAGGUUCCUGCACCACCCCUCAGAGCUGCCUGUCUCGCUGUCCCCUCUAGCAGGAGUCCAGGCACCCAAAGAUCAGGCUCCCAGCCCACUGGCCCUAACUCUGUAUUAGAUCUAGCCGUAAAGGACUUUUGUGCUGUGAUCAAGUACAACUUAUGAAAUAGAGCUUCUAUAAACCACUGAGGUCUAGGCACAAUAGUUGUGUGUACUGAAGCCUAGAAGAGCAAACCAUCUGUAUUCACUGCUCUGAAAUACCAUGGUACAAAAUAAACGACUGGAACAACU